UAUGCGUUGUCAACGCUCUUCCGCUGUAUCUAAUCCUCCUCAAUCCUCCUUGAUUAAGACAUGGUUACUGCCUGAAUUUAAUAGUGAGGUUGAUAUAUGUAUUUCGCUCAUGUUAUCUGGAUUGUAUUGGUUUUACUACCUGCAGCGUACAUUACGGAAUGAACACUUGGAAAAGGUGUUCAAUUUGAUUUACACAGCCUCCAUCUAAAUAUAAAAUGUUUAGUACACGCUGUAGAAAUUUCUCUUAAAAUACUUUUGAGAAUGUUAUGACAACUCUUUAAAUGGUGAUUUCCAUUGCGGGAUUGAAGCAUGAAUUUUAGCAACUAACAGUUCAAAACAUGAAUUGUUCACAAAACAGUAUUCCCUAUAUUUACUUCCUCUUUCCAUGCUCUGCAGUGUUCACCAAUAAAUCCCAGAAUUGUUUAGAAAUGUCAUUGAUGAUUGAUUGACAUUGGUAAUUUUUAAAUACUUCAAUGCUGUUUAAAAUGAGUCUGCUGUUCAGAGUAUUUCUUUCAUAUUGCCGUACUAAUAAAUAUUUAAUAAUUGGCAUAUGUUUGGGUUUGAGUUUGAGUUUGUUCUUAAGUCCACAUAGGGCUGAAAAUGAAAAGGAAAGAACACUUCCAGUUCAGACUACGCACCUCUUCAGUUUUAUCGAUGAAUAUGAACCUAGAUUAAAUGUCGAGACAAAACCACAACAUGCUCAGAAAGCUGCAAAAGUAUUCGUUAGACCUAGGUAUUAUUCAACAGAGCUUGGUAUGCGUGAUAAGCUUUUCGUUGGUAUAAUAACGAGUCUCGAUUACCUGCACAGUCGAGCCAUAGCUCUCAAUAAAACAAUUGCCCACAUAGUAGACAAGGUGCGCUAUUUUAUUACAAUUCCAGAGGGUAUGAAACCCAAUGUAUCAAUUCCUGGUAUUGUGGGCUUUACUGACACAAGAACUGUUUUAAAACCAUUUCAUGUUAUUAAAUAUAUCAACGACAACUAUUUAGAAGACUAUGAUUAUUAUUAUCUUGUGAAAGAUUCAACUUACAUUAAUGCAAGAAAAUUAAAAGAUAUCGUAAGCAAGAUAAGUGUUAGUCAAGAUGUUCACAUGGGCGUCUCUAGUGAGAUCGAAGCACUAUGUUCACUAGAUGCAGGCAUACUACUCAGUAACUUGGUCGUACGAGAAAUAAAGUCAAAUCUGGAUUGGUGCGUUAAAAAUAUAUACUCAGACUCGGAUGAUAUUAAUUUUGGUAGAUGUAUUCUUCAUUCCGUGCCAGUUCCCUGUAUGAGUGAAUUACAAGGUCAGACAUUCCGGUCAACAAAACUUGCAUCAACUUUUGAUUUUGAGAACAGUCUUGCGGAGCUGAUUUGGUCAAAUAGUUUUGAUAAUUCUGUUUCGGUUUAUCCAAUUUAUGAUCAUCUUACAAUGUACAAAAUGAAUGCAUAUUUUGCCAUGUUGGCCUUGAAAAAUGUACAAAAGGAAAUUUCAAAGCUACGCAAGGAGAUUCUGGAAACAUCAUACUUGGCUCCAGAAGAAUACCAAAACAUAUCUUGGCCCAUCGGUAAUCAGUUGGGCAAUAGAGCGUUAGGUCGUUAUGAUACGCUUCAGUGGAUCUAUUUUAAUGAGACUCAUACGUUUCUUGAGACCGAUUUUGAAAACUUUCGUAACCUGCAAGGCAGUGCAAAAACAGAUAUCAAUCAUAUUUUGAAUACAGCUGUAAAACGAAUUUCAAGAAAAUAUAAUGGAGCCCUGGGUUUUAAAAAAUUAAUUAAUGGUUAUUACAAAUUUGAUGCUUCUCGAGGGAUGGAUUAUAUCCUUGAUUUAAGCUUUAUUGAGCUUAACACGGGUAAAGAAUUAUUGAAGAGGAUAGAAGUUUGUAAACCAUUGGGUAAAGUUGAAAUUUUACCUGUGCCUUAUGUCACUGAGAAUACUCGAAUCAAUAUGAUCUUGAUCGUGGACUCGUCAAAAAAGGAAGAUUCCUUAAAUUUUAUGAUGCAUUACGCAGAAGCUUGCAUGGAGAAGAAGGACAAGACAUUCCUCUUAGUGGUUCUUCUCUACGAUCCAAAUACACCAUCAAAAGGAAUGAAAGACAUUUAUCAUGAUGUGAAACAAUUCGCAUUAUCGUUAUCUGAUAAGUAUAAACAGGACCAACUGAAAGUGACCUGGCUUUCAAUUCGACUACCAGUUGUUGCAAGUACGAUAGAAUUGGACCCAAUGCUUAAAAUCGCCAUAGCUGACCUUAGUACAAAGAAGUUCUCUCCUGAGAGCCUCAUUCUGUUUGUCGAAACAUCAAUUGAAUUGAGGAAUGAUUACUUGAACAGGGUUCGUAUGAAUACCAUAAACCAAUGGCAGAUAUAUAGUCCGAUUCCAUUUUUUGAGUUUCAUCCAGACGUUGCAUAUGCAGAUGAAACAAAUCAUAUAGAUAUGGAUAUUAAUCGUAAUCAUGGCAGAUAUGAUGAACACAAUUUUAAUAGUAUAUCAUUCUACGUCAAAGACUACAUCUCAAUGCGUAAAACAGUAGAAGCAGAAUUACCAUUUGUACACACUGACAAGGACAUCUCCCUGCUGUUAAAGUUAUCUGAGCGUAAUGUUGUGGGGUCUAUUUUUGAACUAUUUGUUAAAUAUAGUGAUCUACAUUCGUUCCGUGCUAUCGAACCAUUACUAAAGAUUCGACAUAAAAAACUUAAUUGUGCUGCCACCUACAGCGAUAUUGUUUUUGAAGCCUGUGAGAAGCAGAGAAGCCUUCACCUAGGUCAUAGAGGUCAACUGGCUAGAUUAAUAUUGGAUUACAGAGAGAAAUAAUGAAUUUAUCCCAUUAGUACUCAAUUUAAAAGAUAAAAAGUUAUCAAGAUGAAAGCAUAUGUUGAAAACUGUCCCUAUAUUGUAAGAGAUUAUUUACUAAUAGAAUCAGUUCCUUAAAUCUAAAACAUUAGAUU